AUGGAUAGACCAUCUGAUCUACUUGAUGAACUUUUUAGAAAAGACCCUAAUAUAAGGCAUCUUUUGUCGCCUUCACGAGAUGAGUUGCGAGGAUUAGACGAAGGUAUUUCUAGACUCAGUAGGGAAUACGAUCGUGAUCCAGAAAAUCGUCAUAUUGCAUUUGAGUAUGCCACUCUUAUGAUUUCACAUUCCCGUAGAUCUUUUAUUGAGAAGGGUUUAUCUAUCAUGGAAUUGUUGGGCUACAGUGCAUGGAAACGGCAUUGGGACGGUCCUUCAUCUCCAGAUCUCAAUAAUUUAGAAGGAAUGACAAGCGGUGAAACUUUAGGGGAUUCAGGUGUUGUACGGGGGGAAGUUGUAGUGGGAGCAUCAGCACCUCAUGAAAGACUGGUAGUGGAGGAUGAUUAUAAGAUGAAUGAAAAUGUUGUACCAAUUUCUGAUCUCGCUAUUCACUACUAUUAUUUGGCAAUAGGAUGGAUUAAGUUGCAGAAGUUUGAUAAGGCGGAGGCUUCUGUUAAUCAUAUGCUUCAGUUAGAGCCACAUCAUCGUCAGGGAAUCGCAUUAAAACAAUUUAUUGAUGCAGAAAUGACACAAUCUCGUGUGACGACUGGUUUGGCGAGUGCUGGAGUUGUUGCGGCUGUGGCAGCAGUCGCUUGCUUGUUUCUGCGUAAAUCCUAA